CACGGUUCAACACGUAACAUUUUGUUGACGGACUGUUUCCUAUCCGCUUGUCCUCUGUGAGUUAAAGCAGGUUUAAUUAUUUAAGCGAAUUCUGUAUUGAAUAGUGGUGAUCAGGAUUAAAUUAUUACCGCAUGAUUGAGCGAUGACAUCCAGAGGGACACCGAGUCGCUUUCUGAAAAGCGUUCUUCAGAACGGCGUGGGUCGUUACGUCUGUCAGCUCAAACGAGUCUCCAUCAUCUUCUCCAAAAGUGGACCGAGCUCCCUCGGAGUUCGAGAUUUCAUCGAGGAGGGAGUGGUGGAUUAUGCCAAGAAGAACCCCGGAACAGUUGUGUAUGUGUCUCCCCAGGCCUGCAACGCACCCAAAUUAGUAGCAGAAUAUUUAAAUGGCAACGUGAGGGAAGAAUUAAUUUCAAGCAAAACACAGCAGCAGAUUUCAGAGAUCCUGACUAAGCUGACCAAUCAGUCUGGUCUGGACAUCAUCCGCCUGCGAAAGCCCUUCCACACAGACAGUCCCAGCAUUCAGGGCCAGUGGCAUCCAUUUACCAACCGGCCCCCAUCGAUCGGCCUCAUCAAACCACCCACAGCCAGCACAAAAUAAAAAUGUACUAAAGUCAAACCCCAGACUUUUAAAGCUUUAUUUAGUGAUAGCAUAUCCAUUUCAUGUUGAUGUUUGUUUUUAAGAUCCAUUUGAGUGUUUGUGACCUCUGGAAUAUGAAAGGGUUCAUGCUCACAGCUGCACACACCACAUCUGUAAAUAACCUACAAGUAAAUCCAAAAGAGGAGCAGCGCCUGGUAUGCCUGAAGAUGAUUCCAAUCUUAUCUGAGAAAAUGUGGCAUAAAUAUCUGUAACAGAUGGCAUUUGCAUAAACAAAACACUUCUUGGUGAAAUAGUAUCAACAUUUUAUUUCAGAUGUAUUAGAAAUAAACUGAAUGAUGAAAAAGCUCAUUGAUGAUUUAUCAUUUAGGCUAAAACUUAACUACAUUACUAAAAAAUUAGGGGACCGAUAUUUUUACUAACAGAGAGAGAAAUACUAAUUUUUAGAGUGUCCUGUCAUUGAUUUUGACUUUUUGAGUGAGCUUCAUAGUUUGAAUUAUCCAGAGUUUAAAUGAACAUGAAGAAGGUUGAUGUACUGAUUUUUUUUUUUAAUCUAUGUAAUGAGCCAUAAAAGAUGCUCUAGCUGCUGAUUUGUUGUUUGACAGCUCAACAGUCUUGGAUCAAACAGGCUUGUUUUGUAUCAUUUCUGUGCUAGAUCCAGCAAAGAUGUUGCUUUGAGUGUUUCCUUCCUUCUUGAUCACCUUGGCUCUCUCCAUUAAACUGCAGCAAAGUUUUAAAAUUCAA